UAGAACCUCCACUCGUUAGUGCACUGGCAAAAGGCACAGGGGAUUAGCCCACAGAUCUCUAGCUUAUUUGACUUCUACUGAGAGAAAAGUUACACACAGGAAAAUGGGACUGUUUUUACCAGAUGUCACAUAAACUACUGGAUAUAUUUGGUGUUUAAAUCAUGAGGCGAGCCAGUGUGCCGAAUACGGCUCAAAGAGAGGCCAAUGGUCACCACAGUGGUUACCAGAACGGGGUCCCUGUGGCUCCGAUGAAUGACUUUGAGGUCCAGCAUCGCCCAGACAUCAUCUCCCAUCUCCCCCCUCUCAGUGCUCCAUGGCCUGCUUAUGCAGAAAAACCAAAGAUACUCCAAAGAGGCUCGUGGACCCUAGCUGCUCCAAUAAAAGAGGAGAAAUAUGUCCGUCAUGUGAGUGACUCCAUUGGCAAUAACUACAGUCCCACGGCUCGUCAUCUGACAACUUCCUUGAUCUAUGAGUCAACAAGAUUUGGUCCUCAAGCUGAGGAAGGUUUUAACUUUUCUCCCAGAUCACAGAAAACUCCAUCCCCAAGGUCAUAUCAGGAUUCCUUCAGACCUAAGACAGCUGCUAAUUCAUACAGAAAUAAUGAGAGAAUAGAUGUGACCCGUCUGCACACAUCACAGAGCUAUCCCCUGCUCAAAACGCCAGAGAUCAGCAAUGGCCAUCAUUCACCAAACACACUGCCACCUAUCAAUGGUUUUGGGAAUGGCGAAGUCGAAUAUUCUGGUUCCCGUCUGGAGUCCAGGGCCAGUACCCUCAGUCCCAGGAGGAGCCCCUCACCCCCAAGGUCACCCAAAAGGUCAAGGACCACCAGUGCACGGUCUAUCAUUCUGGGAGAGGACCGAGAAAGCAUUGACAGUGGAAGGCCCCCUUCAGGGCUUUCACCACCAGAGGGAGACACUAUUGCAGAAGGUAAUGAGGUCAUUGAGGAAGAAGACCCAUACGAGAAUGAUGAAAUUGUCACCAUCUUUGGUGAAGAUGGCAUCCCUCUACAUGACAAGCUUAGCAAGGCCUGUCUUGAAGUUGUAUUCCCACCGUAUUACUAUCCCACCAUUGGUCUGCCCAGACCUGCAUCGCCGAUUGAAAAAGAGAAAUCCAGGUACUAUCACUUAAUAGAGAGAGCUGUUGAGCCUCACCAGGUGGCGCCACACCAGAAGGUCUGGCUGGACGGUAUCUAUAAACUGGUUCCCAAACCUCUCCGUGACCUCACAGAGGCCAGAAAACAGUUUCAGCAGGAAAUGGAAGAGGAUUAUAGGACAGCAGUACAAAAAUGUGUUCUGGACUAUAUAUUAUUGGAUAUAAAAGAGCAAGAGAGACUAGGAGUUUUUCCUCCACCAAAGCCAUCCCACUCUGCUGGCAGAUGGGGCUUUCCAUGGAAGAGGGCUGUAAGGAAGGCGAGGAAGUUCAUGACCAGGGACCUCUACGUGACACAUCCUGUCAUGAGUCAAAUACUCUACCAUUUUGAGAAAAACUAUGCAGACUUCCGCCUGAUAGACCUGCCAGGACUGAAGAAGCGUAUGCCUAUCACCAUGGAGAAACUGAAGUCCAACGUAGAGAGCACAUGUAAGGCUGGUUCUAGCCUGCUAAAGAACCAGUGGAUCAAUGAGUGCUGUGCCAUUGUGGAUGACCUCAGAGAUGAUGUGGAGGCCUGGAUGCCAGACAGUGCUGAGCUGAGAAUGGACAAAAUGGACCAUUUCUUCAACAGCGCUGCCUCCCUGAUGUCCAACCUCUUGAGGUCAGUGGUCAAGAAGUCCAUGUUUGACCUUGUUGACCUCUUGGAGCAGUAUGCAGAUGGAAAUGCGUACGAGGGAGAAUAUAACAUCAUGGCAGGCUUUGGACUUCCACAGAAGUUUCAUCCUAUAACAAUAUUUUUGGAGGAGCAUAUGGCACAGAAUACCACCAAGUUCAGGCCACUGGUCAGCCAGGUCAAGACCACAUUUGAUGAGAUUAUCAAUACCAUGGUAGCAAGUGUUGUGGCCAUUCCUAGAAUAGAACACAGGUUGUUCCAGCCUGUGGAAGAUCUAGAGACACACUAUCUGAGUACAGUGAAGCAGGAUGAAGAGAUCGUGGAAGAAGCCAAGGUCAGGAUCAGGAAAGUGGUGGACGCAAACUUCCAUGGACCUCAGAGCUACAAGGUGGUAUACGAGCCGUACAAGUAUCUGCUGUCCAAGGAGGCGGACAGACAGGUGGAGAAGUUCAUCAGCAAGGAGCGAGCUCUGCGGGAGUAUGUCAGGGAGAUAGAGAAGUUGAAAAAGAUGGCAUGGGAGGUUGGCUCCUUUCCUGUCUAUGUUCCCAUGCACCUGUUCCUGCUGGACUGCUCAGGGAUUAACCAGUGGCUGAUACAGCGCGCCCGCAACCUGGCAGACAUCAUGAUCACCAAUGUCAUGAACAUCAGUCGUAAGUUUAACCGUAGUAUUGUCACGCAGUACGAGACCAUCAUGCGGAGGAUUACGACGCAGGCAGAGACCACGGAGGAGCUGGUGUCUUUGAUAGACUAUGUGGAGAGGCUGAGAGUGGGCCAGUUACUGGAGCUAAAUGACAAACUGGAGGUGGCAGCAGAGAACCUGUUGUUUUUAAUGGACUAUUCGUACCUCCCCAAACAAGACUUGGUUCUCAAUGAUAACACUUUCUCCUGGAAGACUAGGAUUCUACCAGUGGUCAAGAACAGUGAAACCAAACUGCAGAAAGAACAUGAAAUUGCUACCCAGAACCUGACGAGGUGGAAGAAGAAAUUUAAGACCAAGCUUGAUGCUAUGGCCAAGAAGGUGAAGGACUUCUCACAGAAGGACAGAAUGUCUGAGGCAGAGCACUAUGUCUUACAGUUGGAGGACAUGCAGAAAAAUCUGGAAGAAUUCAACAAAGAGAAAGUUCUCAUCAACAAAGAAGAGGCUCUGCUGGGUAUUGGACAACAGUCUCCAUAUGUGGAGAUCCAGGAUAUCCAGAGUGCCAUGGAGCCGUAUGAGAAAUUGUGGAAGGCGGCUGUCAAGUUCUAUGCUCAGAACGACAAAUGGAUGAAUGGUCCACUACUGGAAGUGAAUGCUGAGGUGGUAGAAGAAGAGGUUCAAAACUUGUGGAGAACAGCAUACAGACUGACCAAGAUCUUUUCCCACCCCAGUAUGGCGGGGCCAUUCAGGGCAGCCACCAGUAUCAAAGGCAAGCUGGAGAAGUUCAAGAUUAACAUGCCACUUAUCACAGCCCUCUGUAACCCUGGGAUAAAACAGAGACACUGGAACAUGAUGAACCAUAAGGUUGGUUUUCAAAUCACGCCGACUGAGGAGACCCCCCUUCAGGAAAUGCUGGGUCUGGGACUGGAGAAAUUCCUGGAUGAACUCACAGAAGUCAGCUCUCAAGCCAGCAAGGAGUUUGCUUUAGAAAAGGCUCUAUCCAAGAUGAAAAGCGACUGGGAGAUAGUCAACUUUGUCUUUGUUCCCUACAAAGACGCUGACAUCAGCAUCCUGUCAGCCAUUGAUGAUGUCGAGGUCCAACUUGACGAUCACAUAGUCAAGACAACCACAAUGAAAGGCUCUCCUUUUAUUGGUCCAUUUGAAGCUGAGGUCAAUGAAUGGGAUGCUAAGCUGCGGCGUAUGAAGGCCAUAUUGGAUUCCUGGCUGAAGGUUCAGGCAGCGUGGUUGUACCUGGAACCCAUCUUUGGGUCAGCUGACAUCAGGAACCAGAUCCCCAGGGAGGGGAAAAUGUUUGAGGAGGUGGAUGAACACUGGCACACAAUAAUGUCCAAUGCUGUAAAAGAUACAAAGGCACUUGUUGUCACAUCACAAGACCAGAUGUUGGAGAAACUACAGUAUUCAGAGUCUAUGCUUGAAGACAUCAACAAAGGACUCAAUGACUAUCUGGAGAAGAAACGCUUGUUUUUCCCAAGGUUUUUCUUCUUGUCCAAUGAUGAGUUGCUAGAAAUCUUAUCAGAAACCAAAGAUCCUCUCCGCGUACAGCCUCAUCUCAAGAAGUGCUUUGAGGGAAUUGCGCAGUUGACCUUUACCCCUGAGAAGGUCAUCGUAGGGAUGGAGUCAGCUGAAAAAGAGGCUGUAGAUUUCCCACGUCACAUCGUACCUGCUGAAACGAGGGGAUUAGUGGAGAAAUGGCUCAUUCAGGUUGAAGACACCAUGAAACUGAGUCUAAAGGACAGCUGUGCCAAGGCAGUAGCAGCCUAUGAUGAGAACCCCAGAAGUGAAUGGGUCCUCCACUGGCCUGGACAGAUAGUACUGGCAGCUGGAACAGUCCACUGGACCUCGGAGGUGGAACAGUCCAUUGUAACACCUGGAGGGAUGGCAGAGUAUCUGGCCAAAAGUAACCGCCAGAUAGACGAGGUGGUCACUUUGGUCCGAGGCAAACUGACCAAGAUGGCCAGAAUCACCUUGGGGGCACUCAUUGUCAUAGAUGUCCAUGCCCGUGAUGUUGUGGCCAAGCUUAAGGAGGUCCAGGUGAGCAGCUUGACAGACUUUAACUGGAUCAGCCAGCUGAGGUACUACUGGGAAGGGGACAUUGUGAUAGUCAAGAUGAUCACCACGGCUGUGGACUAUGCCUACGAGUAUCUUGGGAACACUGGGAGGCUGGUGAUCACACCUCUCACGGAUAGGUGUUACAGAACCUUGAUGGGUGCUUUAAAACUAAAUCUUGGUGGUGCCCCUGAGGGUCCAGCAGGCACUGGGAAAACAGAAACCUCCAAAGAUUUGGCCAAGGCUGUAGCUAAACAGUGUGUUGUGUUCAAUUGCUCUGAUGGCUUGGACUACAAGGCUAUGAGUAAGUUCUUCAAGGGACUGGCACAGUCUGGAGCGUGGGCCUGCUUUGAUGAGUUCAACAGAAUUGAGUUGGAGGUGUUGUCUGUGAUAGCCCAGCAGGUCCAGAGUAUCCAGCGUGCCAUAGCAGAGCACCUGAAGACCUUCAACUUUGAGGGCACUGAGUUGUCCCUGGACCCCACCUGUACUCUCUUCAUCACCAUGAACCCAGGCUAUGCUGGCAGGGCCGAGCUCCCUGAUAACCUCAAGGUGUUGUUCCGCACAGUGGCCAUGAUGGUCCCAGACUACGCCAUGAUUGGCGAGAUCUCGCUGUACUCCAUGGGGUUCAUCAAUGCCCGCAGUCUGGCCACCAAGAUUGUAGCCACAUACACUCUGUGUUCAGAACAGCUGUCCUCCCAGCACCACUACGACUACGGCAUGCGUGCUGUGAAGUCUGUUCUCACUGCGGCAGGGAACCUCAAGCUUAAAUACCCUGAGAGCCCAGAAGAUGAACUGCUGCUAAAGUCUAUCAUAGAUGUUAACUUACCCAAGUUUUUGUCCCAUGACAUCCCCCUAUUUGAGGGCAUCAUCUCGGAUCUGUUCCCAGAGGUGAAGCAGCCGAAACCAGAUUAUACUGACCUAGAGGUGGCGCUAGUGGAGAACAUCCAGAAAAUGAAGAUGCAACCCACACCUUGGUUCUUGGAGAAAAUAAUACAGAUUUAUGACAUGAUUCUAGUCCGUCACGGCCUUAUGAUAGUGGGCGAUCCUAUUGGUGGAAAGACGUCUGCUUUCAAAGCCAUCAGUAUGUCAUUGGCAGACAUGGAGAAGAAGAAACUGAUGGAGGAGCAUGCAGUCACAUUCAGAAUCAUCAACCCCAAGGCCAUCACCAUGGGUCAGUUGUACGGCCGCUUUGACCCCAUAUCACAUGAGUGGUCAGAUGGUGUCCUGGCCAACACAUUCCGAGAACAUGCGUCCAGCACAACAGAGGACAGGAAGUGGAUUAUAUUUGACGGACCAGUAGAUGCUGUGUGGAUUGAAAACAUGAACACUGUGUUAGAUGACAACAAGAAGCUGUGUCUUAUGAGUGGUGAAAUCAUCCAGAUGAGUAACAAGCAGAACAUGAUAUUUGAACCUCAGGACCUGGAGCAGGCCUCUCCUGCCACUGUUAGCAGGUGUGGUAUGAUCUACCUGGAACCCAUGCAGCUUGGUCCCGACCCUCUGGUCAAGUCCUGGAUGGAGUAUGAAAUGCCACAGGACAUCCUGAAUAAGGAACAGAAGGAGUCCAUUAAGUUAUUAUUUGAGUGGCUCCUUCCUCCCUGCCUCAGUUUUGUCAGCAAGCACUGUAAGCACUUUGUCCAGCUAUCCCCGAUGCACCUCACCAGUAGCAUGCUACGAUUGUACAGUUGCAUGAUGGAAGAUGUAAGAAAACUUGGAGACGAAGAAGAAGAGGAAGACUUCAUUGAAGAAGAGGAGGAAGAAACAACUGAAGAUGGCGCCCCUGCUGCCCCAAGUUCAGAAGAACCAGCAGAAGCUGCAUUCCCGCCUAGAAAGGACAAGUCUCUCAGUGAUCAGAAAUUGAUAGAGGAGAGGUCAAAUAUGCUUUUCUGCCAUUUCCUCUUCUCCAUCGUGUGGUCAGUUGGAGCAAACUUAGAUGGUCCUUCCAGACUCAAGUUUGAUGAGUUUUUCAGGGAACUUUGUGAAAUGGAAGGAGGGAAUGCCAAAUAUCCAAGACCCAAAGAGUUAAAAGUAUCCAGAAAUCUCCUGUUCCCCAAGCGGGACACCGUGUAUGACUACGUGUACCUGAAAACUCACAUUUGCUCCUGGAACAGUUGGGCCACUAUGAUCCAGAAUGUUGCCAUUGCAGAAAAGGCUAAGUAUAUCAAGGAUGACUGGAAGCUAAGGACUAUGGUGAAUGAGCUGAUCAUCAACACGGUGGACACAGAGCGGCAGCGCUAUUUUCUGCAGAAGUUUAUUCAUCAGAAUAAGCCAUUGCUAUUUGUGGGGCCCACUGGGACAGGAAAAAGUGCCAUCACCAACAAUUUCUUGCUCCAGUUACCCAAGGACAAAUACAUCAUCAAUAAUUUAGUCUUCUCAGCCCAGACAUCGGCCAAUCAGACACAAGAUGUCAUCUUCUCCAAGCUUGACAGGCGAGGCAAGGGCAAGUAUGGGCCGGCAGUGGGGAAGUUACUGUGUGUGUUUGUGGAUGACUUGAACAUGCCUGCCAAGGAGAAGUAUGGUGCCCAACCCCCCAUAGAGAUCCUGAGACAGUGGAUAGACCAUGGAUAUUGGUUUGACAGAAAAGACACAAGCAUCCUGGAGCUUGUGGACAUCAUGAUGUGUGCUGCCAUGGGUCCCCCUGGUGGUGGUCGUAACACCAUCACCCCACGGUUCAUGCGCCACUUCAACCUCAUCAGCAUUGAGUCAUUCAAUGAUGAGACCAUGAUGAACAUAUUUGCCCCUAUCCUGGACUGGCAUUUUACCAGAGGAUUUGAGACCAGUCUGAGGAGAUUUUCAAGGAUAAUGGUCCAAGCCACCCUGGACAUCUACAAGCAGUCCAUCAGCAACUUCCUUCCCACACCCUCUAAGUCACACUAUCUGUUCAACCUCAGGGAUUUUGCCAGAGUCGUACAGGGUAUUCUCCUCCUCCAACCCCAGAAGUGUCCGGAAGGUGCCCAGGGGGCCCAGAAACUGACCCGACUGUGGGUCCACGAGGCGUACAGGGUGAUAUAUGACCGCCUGGUGGACACUGAGGACAGGGACGUCUUCUUUAAGAUGGUCAAGAACACAGUAGAGAGUCAGUUCAAGGAAAAGUUCAACAACCUGUUCAGUCACCUGUGUGUGCCAGGAAAACAGGUGUGUGACGACGACCUCCGUAGUCUCAUGUUCGGGGACUACAUGGCUGAGAAAGAGGAUGAGAGGUUGUAUACUGAAAUAGAGGACCUGGAGUCUGUCAGAGAGACUAUAGAGAAAUGCCUGGAUGAGUACAACCUGAUGAGUAAGGCCCCCAUGGACCUGGUCAUGUUCAGAUUUGCCAUAGAACACAUCUCCAGGAUCAGCAGGGUGCUCAAACAACCCAAUGGACACUGCCUGCUAGUGGGUAUUGGAGGCAGUGGACGCGCCAGUGCUACGAAACUCUCCUCCUUCAUGGCAGACUACGAGCUGUUCCAGAUUGAGAUCUCUAAGAACUACACUGUCAAUGAGUGGCGAGAAGACGUGCGUAAACUGAUGACCAAAGCUGGCGUGGAAGGGAUUGGGAUCGUCUUCCUUUUUGGAGAUCACCAAAUCAAGGACAUCUCUUUCCUGGAAGAUGUGAAUAUGAUUCUGAACACUGCAGACAUUCCUAACCUGUAUGAGAAUGAAGAGAGGCUGGAGAUCAUUGAAAAAAUGCAGCAGUUGGCCCUGCAGGAGAAUGCCAUGUCUGAGAUCACGCCACUGAACAUGUAUAACAAGUUUGUAGAGCGCAUUCGCCGCAAUCUCCACGUGGUGAUCACAUUCAGCCCCAUUGGGGAGGCGUUCCGCAGCCGGCUCAGGAUGUUCCCAUCUCUCAUCAACUGCUGUACUAUUGAUUGGUUCACUGCCUGGCCUGAGGACGCCCUGGAGUUGGUAGCCAAUCAGUUCCUGGAGGAUGUGGAGAUGUCGCAGGCAGUGCGCGAGGAGGCAGUAGUCAUGUGUAAACACUUCCACCAGAGUGUGCGGGCGCUGUCUGAGAAGUAUUAUGAGACUAUGCAGAGAAGAAACUACGUCACCCCAACCUCUUACUUGGAGUUGAUCAAGACGUUCAAAACCUUACUGAACAAGAAGAGAAUGGAGUUGCUCACUCUCAAACAGCGCUAUGUGAUUGGAUUGGAAAAGCUGGAAUUUUCUGAAAGCCAGAUCAAUGUAAUGAAGCAGGAGCUGCAAGAACUGCAGCCCAUGUUGAUAAAGACGAGUGCCGAGACAGAUGACCUUAUCAAGGUCAUAGAGACGGAGACGGUGGAGGUGGAAGCCAUUAAAUCGGUGGUGGCUGCUGAUGAAGCUGUGGCCAACAAAGCUGCAUCAGAGUCACAAGCCAUCAAGGAUGAAUGUGAGGCCAAGUUGGCGGAGGCCAUGCCUGCCAUGAAUGCUGCUAUAGCCGCACUGGACACUCUGAAGCAGAAUGACAUCACCAUCGUUAAGUCCAUGACCAACCCCCCGGCUGGAGUGAGGUUGGUCAUGGAGGCCGUCUGCAUUAUGAAGGGUCAAAAACCAGACAAAACUCGGGACCCCAGUGGAAAGACUGUGGAAGAUUACUGGCCAGUUGCCAAAAAACUUCUGGGAGACCUGAAAUUCCUGGAAUCUCUCAAAGUUUAUGACAAGGACAAUAUACCAGAGGCCACCAUGAAGAAAAUCAGGAAGGACUACAUGAAUAAUCCAGAGUUUGACCCUGAGAUCAUCAAGAAGGUGUCGUCUGCUUGUGAAGGUCUGUGUAAAUGGGUCAGGGCUCUGGACACCUAUGACCAAGUGGCAAAGGUUGUUGCCCCCAAGAGGAAGAGUUUAGAGGCUGCCCUGGCUGUGUAUGAUGAUCAAAUGUCACAGUUAAGACAGAAGCAGGCAGAGUUGAAGGAGGUCACAGAUAAACUGGACAAGCUCAAUGAAAACUUGGACACAAAGAUGGAGGAGAAGCAGAACCUGGAGAACAACAUAGAGCUGUGUAAAGUAAAGAUCAUCAGAGCAGAGAAGUUAAUCAGUGGUCUGGGUGGGGAGAAGGACCGCUGGACACACAAUGUGGCCAACCUCUCGGACACCUAUGAUAACAUUGUGGGAGAUGUGUUGCUCUCUGCUAGUGUGGUGGCUUACCUGGGACCUUUUGUGCUGUCUUAUAGACAGAGUUGUCUCAAGGAAUGGUACAGCAUGUGUAAGGCCAAGGGUAUCCCUCUCAAUGACAACUUUUCUCUGUCCAGUACCCUGGGGGAACCAGUCAAGAUACGAGACUGGAAUAUCGCUGGACUGCCAGUGGACAGUUUCUCUGUGGACAAUGCCAUCAUCGUGAUGAAUGCCAACCGCUGGCCGCUGAUGAUUGACCCCCAGGGUCAGGCCAACAAGUGGGUCAAGAACAUGGAGAAAGCCAACAAGAUAGCUAUUGUGAAGCUGUCCAAUCCUAACUAUAUCAGGACCAUAGAGAACUGCCUACAGUUUGGCAACCCCUGUCUCAUGGAGAAUAUAGGAGAGGAACUGGACCCUGUCUUGGAGAGCGUGCUACUGAAGCAGACUUUUAAACAGAAUGGAGUGGACUACAUCCGCCUUGGUGACCAUGUGGUGGAGUACAGCAAAGAUUUCAAGUUCUACAUGACCACAAGAAUGAGGAAUCCCCAUUAUCUGCCUGAAGUAUCUGUCAAGGUGACCCUCCUGAACUUCAUGAUUACCCCAAUGGGUCUGGAGGACCAGCUGCUGGGGAUUGUGGCUGCCAAGGAAAAGCCAGAGCUGGAGGAGAAGAAGAACCAGCUGAUUCUGGAGAGUGCCCACAACAAGAGGCAGCUCAAGGAAAUUGAGGACAAGAUUUUGGAGAUUUUGUCAACUUCUGAGGGUAACAUUCUGGAGGAUGAAACGGCCAUCGAGGUGCUGUCCUCAAGCAAGGUGCUCUCCGAGGAGAUCUCCAUCAAACAAGAAGCCGCCACCAAGACUGAGAAGGAAAUAGAUGACGUCAGGAAUGGAUAUAAACCAGUGGCAAAACAUGGCAGCAUUCUUUUCUUCACGAUCUCAGACUUGGCCUACAUAGAUCCCAUGUACCAGUACUCACUCACAUGGUUCAUCAACCUCUACCUACAGUCAAUUCACAACAGUACCCCCUCGGAGAACCUAGAAGAGAGAAUAACCAACCUCUGCGAUCACUUCACCUACAGUAUCUACCAGAACGUCUGUCGCUCCCUGUUUGAGAAGGACAAGCUACUGUUCUCCUUCCUACUGUGUAUAGGAAUAGCCAAGGGAGAGGGUGCAAUUGAUGACCGUGAGUGGCGGUUCCUGCUGACAGGGGGUGUGGCCUUGGAGAAUCCCUUCCCAAACCCUGCCUCUGCCUGGUUGACUGACAAGGCAUGGGCAGAGGUAGUCAGGGCAUCUGAUAUACCAGGUCUAAAUGGAUUUAUGGAUCAUUUCAAGAAAAAUGUUACAGAAUGGAAGAAAUUUUAUGACUCUGCCACCCCUCAGUCUGAAACCCUUCCAGAGCCUCUAGAUAAACUGACCAAGCUGCAGACUCUGAUUGUCCUCAGGUGUUUGAGACCUGACAAGAUGGUCCCAGCUGUCAGUAACUUCAUAGUGGACCGUAUGGGUCACCAGUACAUAGAACCUCCAACAUUUGAUCUCUCCAAGAGUUACGUUGACUCUAACAGUUCCUCGCCCCUCAUCUUCAUUCUCUCACCUGGCGCGGACCCCAUGGCUGUCUUGUAUAAAUUUGCCGAGGAAAAAGGUAUGGGUGGCAGUAAGCUUCAGACAAUCUCUCUAGGUCAAGGUCAAGGUCCUAUAGCUGAGAAGAUGAUACUGCAGGCGGUGGAAGCAGGUACGUGGGUGGUGCUACAGAACUGCCACCUGGCGGCCUCCUGGCUGGGAGAGAUGCAGAGGAUUUGUGAAACUGUGAUAACAGACAGCAGCAAGACCAAGCCCAGUUUCCGGCUGUGGCUGACCAGUUACCCGUCUCAGGACUUCCCUGUCUCUGUGCUACAGAACGGGGUCAAGAUGACCAAUGAGCCGCCCAAGGGACUGAGGGCCAACCUCCUCCGGUCAUACCUCAAUGACCCCAUCUCUGACCCACAGUUCUUUAACAGCUGCAACAAACCAAAGGUCUUCCAGAAGCUGCUGUUUGGUCUGUGUUUCUUCCAUGGCAUAGUACAGGAGAGGAGGAAGUUUGGACCCCUGGGGUGGAACAUACCCUAUGAGUUCAAUGAGUCUGAUCUCAGAAUCAGUGUUAGACAACUUGUGAUGUUCAUCAAUGAGUAUGAAGAGCCGCCACUGGAGGCACUCAUCUAUCUCACUGGAGAAUGCAACUAUGGCGGCCGUGUCACAGACGACAGGGAUCGUCGCCUCAUCAAGAGUCUGCUUCAGAUCUUCUACUGCAAGGACAUGAUAUUUGAUGACAAUUACAAGUUCUCAGAGAGCAGUCUAUACUAUGCACCAAAGCAGGGAAAUUAUGAGAGUUACCUGGAAUACAUAAGGAGCCUGCCAUUGCUUCCACAUCCAGAGGUGUUUGGUCUUCAUGAAAAUGCAGACAUUUCCAAGGACCAACAGGAAACGCAGCAGCUAUUUGAUGGGAUCCUCUUGACGUUGCCAAGACAGAGUUCUGGAGGUGGGAAGACAUCUCAGGAGAUCAUAGAAGAGCUGGCCAGUGACAUCUUGUCUAAGAUCCCUCCUGACUUUAAGCUGGAAGAAGUACAGGCCAAGUACCCAGUGAAAUAUGAAGAAUCCAUCAACACAGUAUUGCUACAGGAACUGAUCCGCUUCAACCGUCUCACCUCUGUGGUCCGACAGAGCCUGAUCGACAUCCAGAAAGCCAUCAAGGGCCUGGUUGUGAUGUCAGCAGAACUGGAGGACGUAUUUGACUCCAUGAUGGUCGGAAAGCAGCCUGCGAUGUGGGCAGCCAAGUCGUAUCCGUCUCUCAAACCUCUUGGGAGCUAUGUGGCAGACUUGAUAACCAGGCUGCAGUUUUUCAAGGACUGGAUCUACAGUGGUCCUCCUGCUGUGUUCUGGCUGUCUGGUUUUUACUUCACCCAGUCUUUCCUGACUGGAGUGACUCAGAACUAUGCCAGGAAGUACCAGAUUCCCAUCGACCACCUGGGCUUCCAGUUUGAGGUGUUGGAUGAGGAGCACACCAUGAAGAGCAAACCUAGUAAUGGUGCCUAUGUGCGAGGCCUGUUCCUAGAGGGUGCCAGGUGGGAGAGGAAGACCAAGACGAUAGCAGAGUCCUUCCCUAAGAUCCUCUACGACACUAUGCCUGUGAUAUGGUUGAAGCCAGGAGAGAAGUCCAAGUUUCAGGAAAGCUUAUCGUACACCUGUCCAGUGUACAAGACCAGUGCCAGAAGAGGGACACUGUCCACCACUGGUCACUCCACAAACUACGUGCUGUCCAUCCAGCUGCCCAUUGACAGUACAGAGAACCACUGGAUUAACAGGGGCGUGGCACUGCUCUGCCAGCUGGACGAUUAAUUAGAGGGAAAAGUUGGGUAGAGGGUACCUGUUGUCUCCCAGAACAACUACUAACUGCUAGGAAACAAAGGAGGUUAAGAGCAAUAUUAAUAAAUUGUACUAUAUGGAACUUUAAAAACUUAAAGGCUGUCCUCUUUGAUUAAGUAAGAGGUUAACCCACAGGGUCCUCAUAAAAACUUCACUAGGGCAGUAGAAGAGAGAAAUAUUUUUUUAUUAAUGUGAAAUGCAGCAUUGAAAUGUGUAUGUAUUAUUUUUCUUGAUAAUCGUAAAAUGUGAGCAUUUCUUUACAAUGGAAUUUGUAUAUUUUCUAUUAGAGGUUUUUUUAGUAUAUUUUUAUCAGCAUGUAAAUUUAUAUGGACAUUGUGUAUGUAUAUAGAUAGACUUUGUAUAUAAAGAGAUUUUAAAAGAUAUACCACCAUAUUCUGACUGUGAUGCUAUUUACCCGUCCUAUUAUUCAGACCCACAAGGUAUUAUGAUAAUCAUAAUUUAUUAUAAGUAGAUGUGCAUAUGCAUUUUUUGUUACUUUUUAUAUAAUAUUUUGUAAUUCAAACUGUCAGCUGUUGCUCGCAUAUCUGCUCAAUUUGUUGGUGUUUUUAAAGUGAAACUUUUGAUGUUGGAAAAUGCAAGGUAAAAGCUAUACAGUUAUCAAACACAUUUUUGACGAAUUUUUAAUGUAUAUAAUAAAUGACAUUUGAGGUAGUGCUCCUCAUUUCACUAGGGUGUUCCGUACUUGUCAUUGGAUUCAGUGUUCAUUUACAUUUAGGCAAUCAGUGUUAAUUUGUUACAGUUAGUCACAUAUCUUAUUGUACUGUCACAUUAAUUAAUUGACAAAUCAAAUAAUUUUAUUUUUUGUGGAUUUUGCACAUAGUCAGUUUAAAAAAGUAUCAUUUCACAUUUUCCA